AUGUUUAGAUCAAAGAAAGCAGACCCAAAGCCUGCUGCUCCCGUUAAUGAGGAAAUUACCUAUAUUCCUUUUGAGUCACCAGCACCAGAGUGCAUAAUCCCACCGGAAGACGAACUAGACCCUCUGCAGAAGGAAAAGUACGCGUUGGUUUUUGCCCAUUUUGCAAAUGAAGACUUCAAAGCUGCCAGCAGCGAACACGAAGCAAAGUCCAAAGACAAGUCCAACUAUAAACCUUUGACUCCAAGCGAGAAGGCGUGGUUGACACGCGAGUGCUUUUUGCGUUACUUGAGAGCGACAAAAUGGGAAACCAAGGACGCCAUUGCACGAAUUGAGUUGACUUUGGCAUGGCGCAGAGAGUUCGGCAUCAACGGCUUCUUGGACGAGGACAAUACGGUCAACGGCCAGUUGUGCAGUGAGGAGAACGAAACAGGCAAAGAGGUGAUUCUUGGCUUCGACAACCACUCGCGGCCGUGUCUUUAUUUGAAGCCCGGAAGACAGAAUACGAAAACAAGCCAGAGACAGGUGCAGCAUUUGGUGUACAUGCUUGAACGCGUCAUUGACUUUUGCCCAAGCGGCCAAGACUCGCUUGCAUUGCUCAUUGACUUUAAAAGUUCGCCUGUCGGAAUAAAGUCCAACAAGAUCCCACCCAUAGGCAUUGGCAAACAGGUGUUGCAUAUUUUGCAAACGCAUUAUCCCGAGAGACUUGGAAAGGCUCUUUUAACAAACAUUCCGUUGCUAGCGUGGACAUUUUUGAAGAUGAUUCAUCCGUUCAUCGACCCGCUCACACGGGAGAAGUUAGUUUUCGACCAACCUUUCCCCGACUUUGUUCCUGCUCUGCAACUAGACAAGGAUUUCGGGGGUUCGGUCAACUUUGAGUACGACCACUCCAAGUAUUGGAACGAGAUGAUUCGCAUCAGCGAAGAGAAGAAGAGAAAGUACAUCAAGCGCUUUGAGACCUUUGGGAGCAAGAUAGGGUUGUCGGAAGUGGAUUUGCGUGGUGACCACGAGGAAUUGGUACAUCCCUUAUGA